GCCACUGCCAACGCUUGUGAUACACAUGCGCAUCAGCUCUCCCGUAAGGUCAGCAACGCCCAGCAGGUAAUCAGUUGGCACCACCUGAAAGGUCAGUACUUGCGGGCAGAGCCACAAGAGCUUACCGUCAUAUUGCACACAAAAAAACAAGCACUAUCUGAAAGUCGGCUGUUGGGAUUAGAGGUCGACCGAUGGUGGAUUUUUGUUCAACCAAAAAAUAUAUAAACAAUAAUAACCAGAAAAAUUAAGAUUUGGUGCACAAUGUGGGACUUUUAACUGUAAACCAGCCCAAAACACACAAGCGACUCUUAUUUUGAAAUGACGGAGACAUGGCUCCGUUACAAAGAAUGCAUUAUUUUUUUUUAUGAUUUUCUCCCCAAUUUGGAAUGCCCAAUUCUCAAUGUGCUCUAAGUCCUUGUGGUGGCGUAGUGACUCGCCUCAAUCCGGGUGGCGGAAUCUCUGUUGCCUCCGCGUCUGAGACCGUCAAUCCGUGCAUCUUAUCACGUGGCUUGUUGAGCGUUACUGCGGAGACUUAGCGCGUGUGGAGGCUUCAUGCUAUUCUCCGCGGCAUCCACACACAACUCACCACGUGCCCCACCGAGAGCGAACCACAUUAUGGCGACCACGAGGAGGUUACCCCAUGUGACUCUACCCUCCCUAGCAACCGGGCCAAUUUGGUUGCUUAGGAGACCUGGCUGGAGUCACUCAGCACGCCCUGGAUUCAAACUCGUGACUUCAGGGGUGGUAGUCAGCGUCUUUACUGGCUGAGAUACCCAGGCCCCCCAAAAAUGCAUACAUUUUUGCCGAUAACCAAUAGUUACGAAAAGCAACUAUCGGCACCAAUUAAUUGGUAAAACCGAUAUAUCGGUCUACCUCUAGUUGGGGUGCACCAAGUCACCUGGAAACUACAUUGUUGUUAGUGGGAAGUGUUACAUUAAAUCUUUGAAAAAUAUUCAUUGUUUUGUUUGAGGUUCUUAGUAGCAAACUAAACUAGAUAUCCACAAACAGAACUGCAGAUUUUGCUUUAUUUUGGAAGUUACAUCUAAGAAAUAAUUAGUACUUAUUACUUUUGGACAAAAAGAAAUUAUGAUCUACACACAUUUUAGGUGUUUUCUGCACAAAUGUUCACGGAGACUUCUGUUGCAUUAUUUGAACUAUUUUUUUUAUCCAUGCCAGUCCUAUUAUUGUGGUAUCAUCUAUUUCGAAUAAAUCCACCCAUAACGGCACUUACAAACAUAAUGAAUUAUAAUUAUUCACUUUGAAUGUCAGUCAGAAGGUUUCUUCCUGUCUACAUGGAUGUUUAUGGCCAGAAUAAGAUGCAACGUGGACCAGAAUUUCUACCGAAAUAUCAAAUAAAAUCAAAAGUAUGGCUAUGUGAGAGUAGUGUAGGCUUCUGAUAGCAGCCUAAGCAGACUCUUGAAUAAACUGUUUUUAAUCUGAUAGAGAAAUGGCGUAUCAACCUAGUAAUGGUACUACCAAAUGAUGUAAAGCUACAAAGAAAAAAAAACUUCAUUCACAAGCAAAACAUCUCUCACAAUCAGCCUUAUCUCAGUCCAAUAUAUCUGAAUACCAUAAAAACACCAUGUUUUGUGCACACCAAGGCAAGAAAGGCUGUCUCUAAAAAUAUCUCUGACAAUUAUUUACAGCAAGUCUGGUAAACGUGCAAAGCGGGCUCACAUCACUUCUUUCUAAAUAUAGGAGGGGAAGAUGAAGUGAUUGUCACCCAUCUGAUAAGACUUGUGGUGAAAGUGCUCUUUAGAAUGCAGCUUGCUGAAUUUGACUAGAAAACUUUAAAAAAAGUCAUUUUAUAGUUGCGAUAAAUAGAUGCAUCAAGAAAAAAAAAGAGGCACUUUCCACAAAGAUCUUCACUUAAUAGUAAUAAUAAUCAUUUUUAUUUAUAUACCACCUUUCAAGGACCCAAGAAUGAUUUACUACGGAGCCCCUGAGAGGACAGGGCGUUUUGCGUGCCCUUGCAUAAAUAUUAACAAAUGUAACCUUAUAAUAAAGUGCUACCAAUAUUGUAGUUUGUAGUAACCAUGGUUUUUGCUGGAAAACAUGUUUUUUUUUUUUUUAUAUAGUAAUAUUAUAGUAACCAUGAAUGUUUUAGUCUAACCUAAACAUGUUUUUGUGGGAUAACAUGUUUUAAAAUUGCAUAUUACUUUACACAGAAAAGGUUAGUAAGUGAUUUUAUCACACUAAAAUGAAAUGUUAACACUCAUAUUAUGUCUUGUGUCUAUAAUCUUUUUUUUUUUUUUUUUAACAAAAACCAUGGUUUUACUAUAGUAACAUUGUAGUAACUAUGAAAGGUAAGUUAAGUAACUAUGUUUUUUUUUUUUUUUGCGGAAACCAUGGUUUUAAUACAGUAUACAGUUUCCAUAUAGUCACCAUGGUUAAUCUUGUGGUUCCUAUAGCUUUACUACAGGAACGCAAAACUAUUGCCAGGGCACGCAAAACUAUUGCAAGGGAAAGCAAAACUAUUGACAGGGAACGCAAAACUAUUGCGAGGGCACGCAAAACUAAUGCAAGGGAACGCAAAACUAUUGUCAGGGAAAGCAAAACUAUUGUCUGGGAAAGCAAAACUAUUGCGAGGGAAAGCAAAACUAUUGUCAGUGCAAGCAAAACUUAUUGCGAGGGAAUGCAAAACUAUUAUCAGUGCAAGCAAAACUUAUUGCGAGGGUAAGCAAAUCUAUUGUCUGGGCAAGCAAAUCUAUUGUCAGGGCAAGUAAAACUUAUUGCCAGGGCAAGCAAAACUAUUGCGAGGGAAUGCAAAACUUAUUGCGAGGGCAAGCAAAACUAUUGUCAGGGCAAGCAAAACUUAUUGCGAGGGAACGCAAACCUAUUGCGAGGGCAAGCAAAACUAUUGUCAGGGCAAGCAAAACUAUUGUCAGGGCAAGCAAAACUAUUGCGAGGGAACGCAAAACUUACUGCGAGGGCAAGCAAAACUAUUGUCAGGGCAAGCAAAACUUAUUGCAAGGGAACGCAAAACUAUUGUCAGGGCAAGCAAAACUUAUUGCAAGGAAACGCAAAACUAUUGUCAGGGCAAGCAAAAUUUAUUGCGAGGGAACGCAAAACUAUUGCGAUGGAACGCAAAACUUAUUGCGAGGGAACGCAAAACUAUUGUCAGGGCAAGCAAAACUAUUGCGAUGGAAUGCAAAACUAUUGCGAGGGAAUGCAAAACUAUUGCGAGGGAACGCAAAACUAUUGUCAGGGCAAGCAAAACUAUUGUCAGGGCAAGCAAAACUAUUGCGAGGGAACGCAAAACUUAUUGCGAGGGCAAGCAAAACUAUUGCGAUGGAAUGCAAAACUAUUGCGAGGGAACGCAAAACUAUUGUCAGGGCAAGCAAAACUAUUGUCAGGGCAAGCAAAACUAUUGCGAGGGAACGCAAAACUUAUUGCGAGGGCAAGCAAAACUAUUGUCAGGGCAAGCAAAACUUAUUGCAAGGAAACGCAAAACUAUUGUCAGGGCAAGCAAAACUAUUGCGAGGAAACGCAAAACUUACUGCGAGGGCAAGCAAAACUAUUGUCAGGGCAAGCAAAACUUAUUGCAAGGGAACGCAAAACUAUUGUCAGGGCAAGCAAAACUUAUUGCAAGGAAACGCAAAACUAUUGUCAGGGCAAGCAAAAUUUAUUGCGAGGGAACGCAAAACUAUUGCGAUGGAACGCAAAACUUAUUGCGAGGGAACGCAAAACUAUUGCCAGGGCAAGCAAAACUAUUGCGAUGGAAUGCAAAACUAUUGCGAGGGAACGCAAAACUAUUGUCAGGGCAAGCAAAACUAUUGUCAGGGCAAGCAAAACUAUUGCGAGGGAACGCAAAACUUAUUGCGAGGGCAAGCAAAACUAUUGUCAGGGCAAGCAAAACUAUUGUCAGGGCAAGCAAAACUAUUGCGAGGGAACGCAAAACUUAUUGCGAGGGCAAGCAAAACUAUUGUCAGGGCAAGCAAAACUUAUUGCAAGGAACGCAAAAUUAUUGCCAGGGCAAGCAAAACUAUUGCGAGGGAACGCAAAACUUACUGCGAGGGCAAGCAAAACUAUUGUCAGGGCAAGCAAAACUUAUUGCAAGGGAACGCAAAACUAUUGUCAGGGCAAGCAAAACUUAUUGCAAGGAAACGCAAAACUAUUGUCAGGGCAAGCAAAAUUUAUUGCGAGGGAACGCAAAACUAUUGCGAUGGAACGCAAAACUUAUUGCGAGGGAACGCAAAACUAUUGUCAGGGCAAGCAAAACUAUUGCGAUGGAAUGCAAAACUAUUGCGAGGGAACGCAAAACUAUUGUCAGGGCAAGCAAAACUAUUGUCAGGGCAAGCAAAACUAUUGCGAGGGAACGCAAAACUUAUUGCGAGGGCAAGCAAAACUAUUGUCAGGGCAAGCAAAACUUAUUGCAAGGAAACGCAAAACUAUUGUCAGGGCAAGCAAAACUAUUGCGAGGGAACGCAAAACUUAUUGUGAGGGAACGCAAAACUAUUGCCAGGGCAAGCAAAACUAUUGCGAGGGAACGCAAAACUAUUGCCAGGGAACGCAAAGCUAUUGUCAGGAACGCAAAACUUAUUGUGAGGGAACGCAAAACUAUUGUCAGGGCAAACAAAACCAUUGCCAGGGAACACAAAACUAUUGCCAGGGCAAGCAAAACUAUUGCGGGGGAACACAAAACUUAUUGCGGGGGAACAUAAAACUAUUGCCAGGGCAAGCAAAACUAUUGCGGGGGAACGCAAAACUUAUUGCGAGGGCAAGCAAAACUAUUGCGGGGGAACGCAAAACUUAUUGCGAGGGAACGCAAAAUUAUUGUCAGGGCAAGCAAAACUAUUGUCAGUGCAAGCAAAACUUAUUGUGAGGGAACGCGAAACUAUUGCGAGGGUAAGCAAAACUAUUGUCUGGGCAAGCAAAUCUAUUGCCAGGGCAAGCAAAACUAUUGAGAGGGAACGCAAAACGUAUUGCGAGGGCAAGCAAAACUAUUGUCAGGGCAAGCAAAACUGUUACGAGGGAAUGCAAAACGUAUUGUCAGGGCAAGCAAAACUUAUUGCGAGGGAACACGAAACUAUUGCGAGGGAACGCAAAACUAUUGUCAGGGCAAGCAAAACUAUUGUCAGUGCAAGCAAAACUUAUUGCGAGGGAACGCAAAACUAUUGUCAGGGCAAGCAAAACUAUUGUCAGUGCAAGCAAAACUUAUUGCGAGGGAACGCAAAACUAUUGUCAGGGCAAGCAAAACUAUUGUCAGUGCAAGCAAAACUUAUUGCGAGGGUAAGCAAAACUAUUGUCUGGGCAAGCAAAUCUAUUGUCAGGGCAAGUAAAACUUAUUGCCAGGGCAAGCAAAACUAUUGUCAGGGCAAGCAAAACUAUUGCGAGGGAACGCAAAACGUAUUGCUAUGGCAAGCAAAACUAUUACAAGGGAAUGCAAAACUUAUUGCGAGGGCAAGCAAAACUAUUGUCAGGGCAAGCAAAACUUAUUGCGAGGGAACGCGAAACUAUUGCGAGGGAACGCAAAACUAUUGUAAGGGCAAGCAAAACUAUGGUCAGGGCAAGCAAAACUAUUGCGAGGGAACGCAAAACUUAUUGCGAGGGCAAGCAAAACUUAUUGCAAGGGAACGCUAAACUAUUGUCAGGGCAAGCAAAACUUAUUGCAAGGAAACGCAAAACUAUUGUCAGUGCAAGCAAAACUUAUUGCGAGGGAACGCAAAACUAUGGUCAGGGCAAGCAAAACUAUUGCGAGGGAACGCAAAACUUAUUGUGAGGGCAAGCAAAACUAUUGCGAGGGAACGCAAAACUUAUUGCAAGGGAACGCUAAACUAUUGUCAGGGCAAGCAAAACUUAUUGCAAGGAAACGCAAAACUAUUGUCAGUGCAAGCAAAACUUAUUGCGAGGGAACGCAAAACUAUUGUCAGGGCAAGCAAAACUAUUGCGAAGGAACGCAAAACUUAUUGCGAGGGUAAGCAAAACUAUUGUCAGGGCAAGUAAAACGUAUUGCCAGGGCAAGCAAAACUAUUGAGAGGGAACGCAAAACGUAUUGCGAGGGCAAGCAAAACUAUUGUCAGGGCAAGCAAAACUAUUGCGAGGGAACGCAAAACUAUUGCGAGGGAACGCAAAACUAUUACAAGGGAACGCAAAACUUAUUGCGAGGGCAAGCAAAACUAUUGUCAGUGCAAGCAAAACUUAUUGCGAGGGAACGCGAACUCUUGCAAGGGUAAGCAAAACUAUUGUCAGGGCAAGCAAAACUAUUGUCAGGGCAAGCAAAACUAUUACGAGGGAACGCAAAACUAUUGUCAGGGCAAGCAAAACUUAUUGCAAGGAACCGCAAAACUAUUGUCAGGGCAAGCAAAACUAUUGUCAGUGCAAGCAAAACUUAUUGCGAGGGAACGCAAAACUAUUGUCAGGGCAAGCAAAACUAUUGUCAGUGCAAGCAAAACUUAUUGCGAGGGAACGCAAAACUAUUGUCAGGGCAAGCAAAACUAUUGUCAGUGCAAGCAAAACUUAUUGCGAGGGUAAGCAAAACUAUUGUCUGGGCAAGCAAAUCUAUUGUCAGGGCAAGUAAAACUUAUUGCCAGGGCAAGCAAAACUAUUGUCAGGGCAAGCAAAACUAUUGCGAGGGAACGCAAAACGUAUUGCUAUGGCAAGCAAAACUAUUACAAGGGAAUGCAAAACUUAUUGCGAGGGCAAGCAAAACUAUUGUCAGGGCAAGCAAAACUUAUUGCGAGGGAACGCGAAACUAUUGCGAGGGAACGCAAAACUAUUGUAAGGGCAAGCAAAACUAUGGUCAGGGCAAGCAAAACUAUUGCGAGGGAACGCAAAACUUAUUGCGAGGGCAAGCAAAACUUAUUGCAAGGGAACGCUAAACUAUUGUCAGGGCAAGCAAAACUUAUUGCAAGGAAACGCAAAACUAUUGUCAGUGCAAGCAAAACUUAUUGCGAGGGAACGCAAAACUAUGGUCAGGGCAAGCAAAACUAUUGCGAGGGAACGCAAAACUUAUUGUGAGGGCAAGCAAAACUAUUGCGAGGGAACGCAAAACUUAUUGCAAGGGAACGCUAAACUAUUGUCAGGGCAAGCAAAACUUAUUGCAAGGAAACGCAAAACUAUUGUCAGUGCAAGCAAAACUUAUUGCGAGGGAACGCAAAACUAUUGUCAGGGCAAGCAAAACUAUUGCGAAGGAACGCAAAACUUAUUGCGAGGGUAAGCAAAACUAUUGUCAGGGCAAGUAAAACGUAUUGCCAGGGCAAGCAAAACUAUUGAGAGGGAACGCAAAACGUAUUGCGAGGGCAAGCAAAACUAUUGUCAGGGCAAGCAAAACUAUUGCGAGGGAACGCAAAACUAUUGCGAGGGAACGCAAAACUAUUACAAGGGAACGCAAAACUUAUUGCGAGGGCAAGCAAAACUAUUGUCAGUGCAAGCAAAACUUAUUGCGAGGGAACGCGAACUCUUGCAAGGGUAAGCAAAACUAUUGUCAGGGCAAGCAAAACUAUUGUCAGGGCAAGCAAAACUAUUGUCAGGGCAAGCAAAACUAUUACGAGGGAACGCAAAACUAUUGUCAGGGCAAGCAAAACUUAUUGCAAGGAACCGCAAAACUAUUGUCAGGGUAAGCAAAACUAUUGCAAGGAAACGCAAAACUUAUUGCCAGGGCAAGCAAAACUAUUGCGAGGGAACGCAAAACUUUUGGGAGGGAACGCAAAAACUAUUUCAGGAAAAAAAUUCCACCUUGUCCUCUUAGAGGCUCUGUACUUUACAAAGCAUAGACAAAAACAGAAAUUAACAAAAAGUAAUGUAAAACAUGUAAGCAAGCAUCCAUGAUCAAAACACAAAAAUUAGGCAUGUACAGUGCAUCCGGAAAGUAUUCACAGCGCUUCACUUUUUCCACAUUUUGUUAUGUUACAGCCUUAUUCCAAAAUGGAUUAAAUUCAUUAUUUUCCUCAAAAUUCUACAAUUCUACAAAACAAUACCCCAUUAUGACAAUGUGAAAGAAGUUUGUUUGAAAUCUUUGCAAAUUUAUUAAAAAUAAAAAACGAAAAAAUCACAUUUUUGUGAUUUUGUACUUUCCGGAUGCACUGUAUCAUACAGAGAAAACAGCUUCAGUAUCCAUUACUUUAUUUAGCAUCAGAGGUACAAACCCUAUUUUCUGUUGCUUUGAUACAGAUCUACUAACCUGAGGUUUUAAACAUUUAAGGGAAAUAUAUGUUUAUCAAUAAAUACAAAGCUACAAAAGUAAAUUUUGCACAAAUUGCAAACCUCAUAUUAAAUAAAUGUCAAAUAAACAGCUUAUAUA